CAUCUGCCGUCAAGUGCUAGAACCAGUGCAAAAUGUUUAAGUUUGUGGUGUUGUUAUCGGUGGCGGCGUUCGCUAGUGGCCAAUCGGCAUCCGGACUCGUUAAGAACAUUUACAACGAAUGUUUGAGUCAAUAUUCCGUGGAGUGUGUGAAACCGAGGACCCUGGAAUGGAUAUCCCAAGUCGCGAACGAUGAUGAGAUCAGGAUCACCGACAAUCUGUCCAUCAUCAAGACAGCGAUCGCUGAGGAUGAAGCCGUCGACCCGAGGAUGGCCAAGGACCCCACUUACGCGAUCUUCGACAAAGUGGAACGCUUCAUUGAAACCCAUUCUGUGAGAGUGAAAGUACCUGAGGAAAUUGCCCGCAGUGCCGCUUCUGAAUAUGUGCCAAGAUCUCUCCUUACCGACCUUCCUUCUGAAUUGGACAUGCCUCUCGAUGGAGAAGAGGAGGUCGAGACUUUCGAAGGCAGGAAGAAGAAGAUCAAGCUCCCCAAACCUUUGAGGAUCAAGAGCAAACACGGUUUCAUCAAGAAGGUGCUCCUGCCUUUCCUCCUCGGUCUUAAGUUCAAGGCUUCAGUGCUGGUUCCCUUGGCGCUCGCUCUCAUCGCUCUGAAGACAUGGAAGGCCUUGACUCUUGGUCUUAUCUCUCUUGUGCUUUCUGGUGCCAUGGUUAUCUUCAAGUUCACGAAGCCCAAGGUUGUAAACUACGAAGUCAUUCACUACCCACAACACCACGUCGAGCACCAUGUAGACCAUCACGCCCCAGCCUGGGACGCCCACGGUCCCUACCAAGCACGAUCAUACGAAGACGCCCACGACAUCGCUUACUCUGGCCAAAAAUAACUCAUGUAGCUUUAAUGUAGACGGACCUCGGACUAAUUUAUUUUAUUUAUUAAAUUAUUUAUUGUUUACCUGUAAAUAAAUCUAUGGUAUAAGUUUCAAAUUUA